AGGGCGCGUGCCUUUCAUGAAGGUACGGCUCUGGCGUGCCUCACAGGAAACUACGUUACCCAUGGUGCUCAGCGCCUAGGUGCCAUGGAGAAGCGUGUGGCGCAUCUGGAGAAGAGGAUCAGUAGCCCCUUGGAGCGUCUGGGGUUUGAGAUUCAUCCUUUCAAGGUAGGGUGGUACAAUGCAGUCCUUCCUUCAACUUUUCAUUUGCCGUAUUCAGAUAACACACUGGCAUUUUUGGUACUCAGCAUUCCUGAGCCUGCGAUGUUUUAAAAAGCCUUCAAACCUUUCCUGAAGAAUCAGCUGCUGGAAAAGAUUCAUGAUCCUGUGGAUCAGUGCAUUUUCUAUCACCUUUCAUUGGUUAGGGAGAGCCUUGCUGACCAGCGGAUGGAUAUCAUGUAUGAUUAUGAGAUGCUGCCCAAUCGGAAGCCCAGGUUCUUGGCCCAGACUGCAGCACACGUAGCUGGUGCUGCAUAUUACUACCAGAGGAAAGAUGUGCAGCAAGAUCCCUGGGGAGAGAAGAAGAUCUAUGGUGUCUGCAUUCAUCCCUGUUAUGGAGGCUGGUUUGCCAUCCGGGCUCUCCUGAUUUUCCCAGAUGUUGAGGUGCCCUUCUUGCAGCAGAAUUCACCUAUUGAUUGUGUGAGAACAGAAGGGGAGAAAAUAGAACUACUGGAUAAGUUCAAUUUCCACUGGCGGGACUGGAGCUACCGGGAUGUUAUUGAAGUGAAGGAGAAGUACUCAGAGGAGCAGAAAAUGUACUUUGCAACUCCUCCAGCUGAACGGUUAAAACUGCUGGGGCUUCAAGGACGAUUGCAAAGGAACACAAUGCACUGAAUACCUGUUUUAACCUGCAAAAGGGUGAUUCCGUCUGGCAACCUGGCUUUCAGUUAUAGGAGGAGUAUUUUAUUCUAGAAUUGGGUCAAGCCUAGCUUUGAGGCUCUUCAUUUUAUAAUAUAGGUUAGAGAUUGAUUGCUAAAUCCUGUCAGACUCGGUCUCAGGUAGGCAGAAAUUUGUUACACUGGACAUCUGUAAAUCUGUACUUGGAAACACUAGGUUUUGAAUUCUGGUAUGAUGUUAUUUUUAAGACUGGUCUGAGGACUUCAUUUUUUUACUUUACUGGUAGUGAAGGAGAGUGGUUUAUUUAUGACUGUUGGAUAGCUAAAAUGUAAAAUAAUUUGCUAUUUGUUAUGAGCUCAGGGAAAGAUGUGAGAAUAGCACUUUUUGCUUCUCUACAGGAGAAAUAGUCCAGGAAGCAAAUAUUUUGAUUGCCUAGACCUUUUCAUGGAGUCAAAAGUCAUUUCAGGUACCACCUACCAUUGUAUAUCCAUACAUACUCUGUUACUGUGAAUCUAAUUUUGUUCAAUUGGACUUUAUCCCCUUUUCUUUCUGUUCCUGUGCAAAGCACUGGUGGUACUGCCCAAACCAAGUGGUAAACAAAGUACAAUUGAAGGAAGAAAAAAGGUCUCAGUAUUUGUGUUAAUCUUGUGUGCAACUUUUGCUACAUUGCAAGCAUGUGUCAUUGAAGCAGAAAGUUGGAAAAGAAACCGU